AUGAACGGACACUGCUUUCUCCAAGGACUUGCUUUUUUCCUCUUCAGUGUCCUAGCAAGUGCUCAAGACAGUGGACAGCUCCGCCUGGUGAACGGGAACAGUCGCUGUGCCGGCAGAGUGGAAAUCCUUCACCAGGGCUCCUGGGGCACCAUCUGUUCCGACAAAUGGGACCUGAACGAUGCUCAGGUAGUGUGCAGACAGCUAGGCUGCGGGGAAGCCCUCGAUGCCACAGUUGCUGCUCACUUCGGGGCAGGAUCAGGCCGGAUCUGGCUGGAUGAUGUGAAUUGCGCAGGAAGGGAGUCCUACCUAUGGAAGUGCCCUUCCUUGGGCUGGGGACGACACAACUGCUGGCACAAUCAGGAUGCAGGGGUCAUCUGCUCAGGAUUUUUGCGUCUGGUUGGAGGGGAUGAACGCUGCUCAGGUCGAGUAGAAGUACGUUUUAUAAGAGGCUGGAUUCCAGUGUCUGAUGCAUACUUUACGUGGCCCACUGCUCAGGUCAUCUGUGCAGAGCUAGAGUGUGGCAAAGCUGUGUCUGUCCUGGUGGAUGUGCCUUUCAGAGAGUCAGAUGGACAGGCAUGGGCUGAAAAGUUCCAGUGUAAGGGGCAGGAGCGUGCACUCCAGCUCUGCCCCAGAGUGCCCUGUCCAGGAGGUGCUUGCCAGCACAGUGGGGCUGUUCAAGUUGUCUGUUCAGCAUACACAGAAGUGCGGCUCAUGAAAAAUGGCAACUCUCGGUGUGAGGGACAAGUGGAGAUGAAUAUUUCUGGAAGAUGGAGAAUGCUCUGUGCCUCUCACUGGAACAUGGCCAAUGCCAAUGUGGUCUGUCGUCAGCUCAGCUGUGGAGUUGCCAUCUCUACCCCAAAAGGAGCCUACUUUGUGAGAAGAGGUGACCAGAUCUGGAAAGCCCAAUUUCACUGCUCAGGGACUGAGCCCUUCCUAUGGAAUUGCCCAAUGACUGCCCUGGGCAUUCCUGACUGUACCCAUGGGAACACAGCCUCAGUGAUCUGUUCAGGAAACCAGACCCAGGUGCUGCCCCAGAGCAACUCAGUGUCUGCACCAGCAAGCUCUGCACUCUCAGAGGAUAUUGCUGCCAACUGCUCAGACAGCACAAGGCUCCGCUUGGUGGAUGCAGGCAGUCGCUGUGCUGGCAGGGUGGAGAUCCUUCACCAGGGCUCCUGGGGCACCAUCUGUGAUGACAGCUGGGACCUGAACGAUGCCCAGGUGGUGUGCAGACAGCUGGGCUGUGGGGAAGCCCUCAAUGCUACAGUGUCUGCUCACUUCGGCACAGGAUCAGGCCAGAUCUGGCUGGAUGACAUCAACUGCACAGGAAGGGAGUCCCACCUGUGGGAGUGCCCUUCCCGGGACUGGGGACAGCACAACUGCUGGCACAAGGAGGACGCUGGGGUCAUCUGCUCAGAGUUCCUGGCCCUGAGGAUGGUGAGCGAGGACCAGGAGUGUGCCGGGUGGCUGGAAGUUUUCUACAAUGGGACCUGGGGCAGUGUCUGUCGCAGCCCCAUGGAAGCCACGACCUUGUCUACGAUCUGCAGACAGCUUGGUUGUGGGGACAGGGGGACCCUUGACACUUCUGUUGAUUAUAGAGAAGGUUCUAGACCCCGGUGGGUGGAUGGAAUCCAGUGUCGGAACACUGAUAUGUCUCUCUGGCAGUGUCCUUCUGACCCUUGGAAAUACAAUUCAUGCAGUCCAAAGGAGGAAGCUUACAUCACAUGUGCAGACAGCACACAGCUCCUACUGGUGAACGGGGACAGUCGCUGUGCCGGCAGAGUGGAAAUCCUUCACCAGGGCUCCUGGGGCACCAUCUGUGAUGACAGGUGGGACCUGAACGAUGCCCAUGUGGUGUGCAGAGAGCUGGGCUGUGGGGAAGCCCUCGAUGCCACAGUCGCUGCUCACUUCGGGGCAGGAUCAGGCCAGAUCUGGCUGGAUGAGGUGAACUGCACAGGAAAGGAGUCCCACCUGUGGAAGUGCCCUUCCAGGGGCUGGGGAAAGCACAACUGCUGGCACAAGGAGGAUGCAGGGGUCAUCUGCUCAGGAUUUGUGCGUCUGGCUGGAGGGGACAGCACCUGCUCAGGGCAAGUAGAAGUGCACUCUGGAAAUAAAUGGACUUCAGUGUCUGAUGCAAACUUUACGUGGCCCACUGCCCAGGUCAUCUGUGCAGAACUAGGUUGUGGCAAAGCAGCAUCUGUCCUGGUGAAUGUGCCUUUCAGAGAGUCAGGUGGACAGACGUGGGCUGAAGAGUUCCGGUGUAAAGGGCAGGAGCCUGUACUCCAGCUCUGCCCCAAAGUGCCCUGUCCAGGAGGUGCUUGCCAGCACAGUGGGGCUGUUCAAGUUGUCUGUUCAGCAUACACAGAAGUGCGGCUCAUGAAAAAUGGCACCUCUCAGUGUGAGGGACAAGUGGAGAUGAAUAUUUCUGGAGAAUGGAGAAUGCUCUGUGCCUCUCACUGGAACAUGGCCAAUGCCAAUGUGGUCUGUCGUCAGCUCAGCUGUGGAGUUGCCAUCUCUACCCCAAAAGGAGCCUACUUUGUGGGAGGAGGUGGUCAGAUCUGGAAAGCCCAGUUUCACUGCUCAGGGACUGAGUCCUUCCUGUGGAAUUGCCCUGUGACUGCCCUGGGCAUUCCUGACUGUACCCAUGGGAACACAGCCUCAGUGAUCUGUUCAGGAAAUCAGACCCAAGUGCUGCCCCAGUGCAACUCCUUGUCUGAACCAGCAGACUCUGUACCCUCGGAAGACAGCACUGCCAACUGCUCAGGCAGUGCACAGGUCCGCCUCAUGGCGCGGGGCAGUCGUUGUGCUGGCAGGGUGGAGAUCCUUCACCAGGGCUCCUGGGGCACCAUCUGUGAUGACAACUGGGACCUGAACGAUGCCCAGGUGGUGUGCAGACAGCUGGGCUGUGGGGAAGCCCUCAAUGCCACAGUCUCUGCUCACUUUGGGCCAGGAUCAGGCCAGAUCUGGCUGGAUGAUGUGAACUGCACAGGAAGGGAGUCCCACCUAUGGAAGUGUCCUUCCCAGGGCUGGGGACAGCACAACUGCCGACACAAGGAGGAUGCAGGGGUCAUCUGCUCAGAGUUCCUGGCCCUGAGGAUGGUGAACAAGGACCAGGAGUGUGCUGGCUGGCUGGAAGUUUUCUACAAUGGGACCUGGGGCAGUGUCUGCCGCAGCCCCAUGGAAGCCAUGACUUUGUCCACAAUCUGCAGACAAUUUGGCUGUGGGGACAGGGGGACCCUUGACAUUUCUGUUAAUUUUAGGGAAGGUUCUAGACCCAGGUGGGUGGAUGGAAUCCAGUGUCGGAACACUGAUAUGUCUCUCUGGCAGUGCCCUUCUGACCCUUGGAAAUACAGUUCAUGCUCGCCAAAGGAGGAAGCUUACAUCACAUGUGCAGACAGAGACAAGCUCCGACUCAGGGAUGGAGGCACUGAGUGCUCAGGACGAGUGGAGGUUUGGCACAAUGGCUCCUGGGGCACAGUGUGUGAUGACUCCUGGAGCCUGGCAGAGGCCGAGGUGGUGUGUCAGCAGCUGGGCUGUGGCUCUGCCCUGGAAGCUCUGCAGGCGGCGGCGUUUGGCCCAGGAAGUGGGCACAUCUGGCUGGAUGAGGUGCAGUGCAGGGGCAGGGAGUCCUCCCUGUGGGCCUGUGCUGCACAGCCCUGGGGGCAGAGUGACUGCAAGCACGAGGAGGAUGCUGGAGUGAGGUGCUCUGGAUUUGUGCGUCUGGCUGGAGGGGGUGGCCCCUGCUCAGGGCGAGUAGAAGUGCACUCUGGAAAUAAAUGGACUCCAGUGUCUCAUGCGAAAUUUGCUUGGCCCACUGCCCAGGUCAUCUGUGCAGAGCUGGGGUGCGGCAAAGCAGUGACUGUCCUGGUGGAUGUGCCUUUCAGAGAGUCAGGUGAACGGUCAUGGGCUGAAGAGUUCCAGUGUGAGGGGCAGGAGCCUGAGCUCAGGAUCUGCCCCAGAGUGCCCUGUCCAGGAGGUGCUUGCCAGCACAGCGGGGCUGUUCAAGUUGUCUGUUCAGCAUACACAGAAGUUCGGCUCAUGAAAAAUGGCACCUCUCAGUGUGAGGGACAAGUGGAGAUGAAUAUUUCUGGAGAAUGGAGAAUGCUCUGUGCCUCUCACUGGAACAUGGCCAAUGCCAAUGUUGUCUGUCGUCAGCUCAGCUGUGGAAUUGCCAUCUCUACCCCAAAAGGAGCCUACUUUGUGGGAGGAGGUGACCAGAUCUGGAAAGCCCAAUUUCACUGCUCAGGGACUGAGUCCUUCCUGUGGAAUUGCCCAGUGACUGCCCUGGGCAUUCCUGACUGUACCCCUGGGAACACAGCCUCUGUGAUCUGUUCAGGUAACAAGACCCAGGUGCUACCCCAGUGCAACUCUACAUCUGAACCAGCAGGCUCUGUACCAACAGAGAACUGCACUGCUAACUGCUCAGAUAGCAGACAGCUCCGCCUGGUGGAUGGGGGCAGUCGCUGUGCUGGAAGGGUAGAGAUCCUACACCAGGGCUCCUGGGGAACCAUCUGUGAUGACAGCUGGGACCUGAACGAUGCCCAGGUGGUGUGCAGACAGCUGGGCUGUGGGGAAGCACUUGAUGCCAUGGUCUCUGCUCACUUUGGGGCAGGAUCAGGCCAGAUAUGGCUGGAUGAUGUGAACUGCACAGGAAGGGAGUCCCACCUGUGGAAGUGCCCUUCCCGGGUCUUGGGACAGCAUGACUGCUGGCACAAGGAAGACGCUGGGGUCAUCUGCUCAGAGUUCCUGGCCCUGAGGAUGGUGAACGAGGACCAGGAGUGUGCCGGGUGGCUGGAAGUCUUCUACAAUGGGACCUGGGGCAGUGUCUGCCGCAGCCCCAUGGAAGCCAUGACCUUGUCCACAAUCUGCAGACACCUUGGCUGUGGGGACAGUGGGACCCUUAACACUUCUGUUUAUUAUAGGGAAGGUUCUAGACCCCGGUGGGUGGAUGGAAUCCAGUGUCGGAACACUGAUAUGUCUCUCUGGCAGUGCCCUUCUGACCCUUGGAAAUACAGUUCAUGCUCACUAAAGGAGGAAGCUUACAUCACAUGUGCAGGAAUGAAACCCAAGAGCUGUCCUUCUGCUGGGCCCUGCACAGACAGAGACAAGCUCCGGCUCAGGGAUGGAGGCACUGAGUGCUCAGGGCGAGUGGAGGUUUGGCACAAUGGCUCCUGGGGCACAGUGUGUGAUGACUCCUGGAGCCUGGCAGAGGCCGAGGUGGUGUGUCAGCAGCUGGGCUGUGGCUCUGCCCUGGAAGCCCUACAGGAGGCAGCUUUUGGCCCAGGAAAAGGGCACAUCUGGCUGGAUGAGGUGCACUGCAGGGGCAAGGAGUCCUCCCUAUGGGCCUGUGCUGCACAGCCCUGGGGGCAGAGUGACUGCAAGCAUGAGGAGGACGCUGGAGUGAAGUGCUCUGGUAAAAGAACAACAUUGCCAACCACUACAGCAGGGACCAGAUCUGUCCCAAGACCUGUCCCUGGCAUCUUCUCCCUGCCUGGGAUCCUUUGCCUCAUCCUGGGUGCCCUUCUCUUCCUGGUCCUCAUCAUCCUGGUGAUUCAGCUGCACAGAUGGAGAGUGGAGCACAAAGCCUUAUCCAGCUUUGAAGAUGCUCUUGACCAGGCUGUGUAUGAGGAGAUUGACUAUCUUGUAACACCGAACAAAGAGGAUCUACUGAGCAGCUCAGAGUUCCUGUCAGAUGACUCAGUAACGAAACUGCCAUAUUACACCAGGGAUGGUGAGUAGAGUAGUGACUAUAAAUCUGUUCUAGAAGCCUCACCUGAGAGGACUGAUGCCUUUGCCGAGGGUUAUGAUGAUGCAGAAGAGCUACCAAUGCCCAAGGCUCCUUCUGCCUCUCAAAUGGGUGAGCAGGAAGUGCUCCCAGAGGAGAAUGGAGUGAGAGCUUUUCAGACAGAGCCUCCAGGACAACAUGUCAAUGCCAUAGGAAAUGGUUAUGAUGAUGCUGAAAAGUUACCUAUUUCUGAAAUUCCUUCUUCCCCUGGCAUGAGGGACAAUUGUUUUUUCCCAAAAGAGCGAGGUGAUGUCUGGUAUUCCCAAACAGGAUUUGUGCGUCUGGCUGGAGGGAGUGGACCCUGCUCAGGGCAAGUAGAAGUGCACUCUGGAAAUAAAUGGACUACAGUGUCUGAUGCGAACUUUAUAUGGCCCACUGCCCAGGUCAUCUGUGCAGAGCUGGGGUGCGGCAAAGCAGUGUCUGUCCUGGUGGAUGUGCCUUUCAGAAACUCAGGUGGACAGGCAUGGGCUGAAGAGUUCCAAUGUGAGGGGCAAGAGCCUGAGCUCAGGAUCUGCCCCAGAGUGCCCUGCCCAGGAGGUGCUUGCCAGCACAGUCGGGCUGUUCAAGUUGUCUGUUCAGCAUACACAGAAGUGCGGCUCAUGAAAAAUGGCACCUCUCAGUGUGAAGGACAAGUGGAGAUGAAUAUUUCUGGAAGAUGGAGAAUGCUCUGUGCCUCUCACUGGAACAUGGCCAAUGCCAAUGUGGUCUGUCGUCAGCUCAGCUGUGGAGUUGCCAUCUCUACCCCAAAAGGAGCCUACUUUGUGGGAGGAGGUGGUCAGAUCUGGAAAGCCCAAUUUCACUGCUCAGGGACUGAGUCCUUCCUGUGGAAUUGCCCUGUGACUGCCCUGGGCAUUCCUGACUGUACCCCUGGGAACACAGCCUCAGUGAUCUGUUCAGGUAACAAGACCCAGGUGCUACCCCAGUGCAACUCUACAUCUGAACCAGCAGGCUCUGCACCGUCAGAGAACUGCCCUGCUAACUGCUCAGAUAGCAGACAGCUCCGCCUGGUGAAUGGGGGCAGUCGCUGUGCUGGAAGGGUAGAGAUCCUACACCAGGGCUCCUGGGGAACCAUCUGUGAUGACAGCUGGGAACUGAAUGAUGCCCAGGUGGUGUGCAGACAGCUGGGCUGUGGGGAAGCACUUGAUGCCAUGGUCUCUGCUCACUUUGGGGCAGGAUCAGGCCAGAUAUGGCUGGAUGAUGUGAACUGCACAGGAAGGGAGUCCCACCUGUGGAAGUGCCCUUCCCAGGUCUUGGGACAGCAUGACUGCUGGCACAAGGAAGACGCUGGGGUCAUCUGCUCAGAGUUCCUGGCCCUGAGGAUGGUGAGUGAGAACCAGGAGUGUGCCGGGUGGCUGGAAGUCUUCUACAAUGGGACCUGGGGCAGUGUCUGCCGCAGCCCCAUGGAAGCCAUGACCUUGUCCACAAUCUGCAGACACCUUGGCUGUGGGGACAGUGGGACCCUUAACACUUCUGUUUAUUAUAGGGAGGGUUCUAGACCCCGGUGGGUGGAUGGAAUCCAGUGUCGGAACACUGAUGUGUCUCUCUGGCAGUGCCCUUCUGACCCUUGGAAAUACAGUUCAUGCAGUCCAAAGGAGGAAGCUUACAUCACAUGUGCAGGAAUGAAACCCAAGAGCUGUCCUUCUGCUGGGCCCUGCACAGACAGAGACAAGCUCCGGCUCAGGGAUGGAGGCACUGAGUGCUCAGGGCGAGUGGAGGUUUGGCACAAUGGCUCCUGGGGCACAGUGUGUGAUGACUCCUGGAGCCUGGCAGAGGCCGAGGUGGUGUGUCAGCAGCUGGGCUGUGGCUCUGCCCUGGAAGCCCUACAGGAGGCAGCUUUUGGCCCAGGAAAAGGGCACAUCUGGCUGGAUGAGGUGCACUGCAGGGGCAAGGAAUCCUCCCUGUGGGCCUGUGCUGCACAGCCCUGGGGGCAGAGUGACUGCAAGCACGAGGAGGACGCUGGAGUGAAGUGCUCUGGUAAAAGAACAACAUUGCCAACCACUACAGCAGGGACCAGAUCUGUCCCAAGACCUGUCCCUGGCAUCUUCUCCCUGCCUGGGAUCCUUUGCCUCAUCCUGGGGGCGCUUCUCUUCCUGGUCCUCAUCAUCCUGGUGAUUCAGCUGCACAGAUGGAGAGUGGAGCACAAAGCCUUAUCCAGCUUUGAAGAUGCUCUUGACCAGGCUGUGUAUGAGGAGAUUGACUAUCUUGUAACACCGAACAAAGAGGAUCUACUGAGCAGCUCAGAGUUCCUGUCAGAUGACUCAGUAACGAAACUGCCAUAUUACACCAGGGAUGGUGAGUAGAGUAGUGACUAUAAAUCUGUUCUAGAAGCCUCACCUGAGAGGACUGAUGCCUUUGCCGAGGGUUAUGAUGAUGCAGAAGAGCUACCAAUGCCCAAGGCUCCUUCUGCCUCUCAAAUGGGUGAGCAGGAAGUGCUCCCAGAGGAGAAUGGAGUGAGAGCUUUUCAGACAGAGCCUCCAGGACAACAUGUCAAUGCCAUAGGAAAUGGUUAUGAUGAUGCUGAAAAGUUACCUAUUUCUGAAAUUCCUUCUUCCCCUGGCAUGAGGGACAAUUGUUUUUUCCCAAAAGAGCGAGGUGAUGUCUGGUAUUCCCAAAGAGGCAUCUCUCUACAGUCUCCUAGUGAAGCUGUCAACAUUUCACUGGAAGAGAAAGGGUCCACUUUGGUCCUGAGACAAGAAGACCCUGGAUAUGAUGAUGUUGAGCUUAGCACCAUUGGACAGCUUCGCCUGGUGGACGGGGGCAGUCGCUGUGCCGGCAGAGUGGAGAUCCUUUACGGUAACUUCUGGGGCACCAUCUGUGGUUACGGAUGGGGCAUGGAAGAUGCCCAGGUGGUGUGCAGACAGCUGGGCUGUGGAGAAGCCCUCGAUGCCCCACUCUCUGCUUACUUUGGACAAGGAUCAGGCCGGGUUUGGCUGGCUGACGUGAGAUGCAACGGAAAGGAGUCCCACCUGAAGAAGUGCCCUUAUUUGGGAAAGGGACACCAGGUCUGCCCUCACGAGUACGAUGCAGGGGUCAUCUGCUCAGGAUUUGUGCGUCUAACUGGAGGGGAUGGACUCUGCUCAGGACAAGUAGAAGUGCACUCUGGAGGAGGCUGGAUUCCAGUGUCUGAUGGGAAACAUACAUUCCCUAUGGCCCAGGUCAUCUGUGCAGAACUGGGGUGUGGCAAAGCAGCGUCUGUCCUGGUGGAUGUGUCUUUCAGAGAAUCAGGUAGACAGGCAUGGGCUGAAGAGUUCCAGUGUAAGGGGCAGGAGCCUGAGCUCAGGAUCUGCCCCAGAGUACCCUGUCCAGGAGGUGCUUGCCAGCACAGUGGGGCUGUUCAAGUUGUCUGUUCAGCAUACACAGAAGUGCGGCUCAUGAAAAAUGGCACCUCUCAGUGUGAAGGACAAGUGGAGAUGAAUAUUUCUGGAGAAUGGAGAAUGCUCUGUGCCUCUCACUGGAACAUGGCCAAUGCCAAUGUUGUCUGUCAUCAGCUCAGCUGUGGAGUUGCCAUCUCUACCCCAAAAGGAGCCUACUUUGUGGGAGGAGGUGACCAGAUCUGGAAAGCCCAGUUUCACUGCUCAGGGACUGAGUCCUUCCUAUGGAACUGCCCAGUGACUGCCCUGGGCAUUCCUGACUGUACCCCUGGGAACACAGCCUCAGUGAUCUGUUCAGGAAACCAGACCCAAGUGCUGCCCCAGUGCAACUCUGUGUCUGAACCAGCAGACUCUGCACCCUCAAAAGACAGCGCUGCCAACUGCUCAGACAGAGGACAGCUUCGCCUGGUGGAUGCCAGCAGUCGCUGUGCUGGCAGGGUGGAGAUCCUUCACCAAGGCUCCUGGGGCACCAUCUGUGAUGACAGCUGGGACCUGAACGAUGCCCAGGUGGUGUGCAGACAGCUGGGCUGCGGGGAAGCCCUCAAUGCCACAGUGUCUGCUCACUUCGGCGCAGGAUCAGGCCAGAUCUGGCUGGAUGACAUGAACUGCACAGGAAGGGAGUCCCACCUGUGGAAAUGCCCUUCCCAGGGCUGGGGACAGCACAACUGCCGACACAAGGAGGAUGCGGGGGUCAUCUGCUCAGAGUUCCUGGCCCUGAGGAUGUUGAGUGAGGACCAGGAGUGCGCUGGGUGGCUGGAAGUUUUCUACAAUGGGACCUGGGGCAGUGUCUGCCGCAGCCCCAUGGAAGCCAUGACCUUGUCCACAAUCUGCAGACACCUUGGCUGUGGAGACAGGGGGACCCUUGACUCUUCUGUUGGUUAUAGGGAAGGUUCUAGGCCCCAGUGGGUGGAUGGAAUCCAGUGUCGGAACACUGAUAUGUCUCUCUGGCAGUGCCCUUCUGACCCCUGGAAAUACAGUUCAUGCUCGCCAAAGGAGGAAGCUUACAUCACGUGUGCAGACAAACACAAGCUCCGACUCAGGGAUGGAGACACUGAGUGCUCAGGACGAGUGGAGGUUUGGCACAAUGGCUCCUGGGGCACAGUGUGUGAUGACUCCUGGAGCCUGGCAGAGGCUGAGGUGGUGUGUCAGCAGCUGGACUGUGGCUCUGCCCUGGAAGCCCUGCAGGAGGCAGCAUUUGGCCCAGGAAGUGGGUACAUCUGGCUGGAUGAGGUGCAGUGCAGAGGCAGGGAGCCCUCCCUGUGGGCCUGUGCUGCACAGCCCUGGGGGCAGAGUGACUGCAAGCACAAGGAGGAUGCUGGAGUGAGGUGCUCUGGUGAGUGGUGGAGAGUGGGUUGA